AUGCUCAGCGCCUACUUCGGCCGCCUUCCCGUCGUCUUCUGGUUCAUGAUAGUCUCCACGGCGACAGCGGCAUGGUGCGCGGGCGCGACCACCUUCGAGUCCUUCAUGGCCGCCCGCAUCCUCAACGGGUUCUUCUCGACCGUCAGCCAGUCGGGAGGUCUCAUGUUUAUCAAAGACAUCUUCUUCUUCCACGAGCAGGCUCGAAAAAUAAACAUCUGGGCUCCGUACGCUGGCCCGCUGCUCGCGGCGUUCAUGACUGAGACACUGCGGUGGCCAGUGCCGUUCUGGGUUUUCUUUGCCAUGAAUGUCCUGGGGUUGGCUCUUGUGGUCUGCUUUCUGGACGAGACAUACUACGACCGCACAAUACCGGCACACGAUCAGCCGCCGCGAGGCAGCCGCAUUGCCCGCUUGACUGGCGCAGCGCAGUGGAGGUCGCGGGACCUCCGCAAUACCCUUGGCCAAGCCAGCUGGAGGACAGCGAGCGUGCUGCUAAAGCCAACUGUGGCGAUUGCUUGUCUGUUCUACGCUCUGACAUUUGCCUGGGCCGUGGGGAUCAACACAACCCUAGCCAUGUUCGUCACACCUCUCUACGGCUUCGGUCCAAAGCAAGUCGGCUUCUUCUACUUCACGCCCGUGGUCGCGGUAAUCCUGGGCGAAGCCACAGGCCACUGGCUGCACGAUGCCCUAGCCAAGCAGUACAUCCGGGCACACAAGGGGCGGUUCGAGCCCGAGGCCCGGUUGCGAGCCGUCUUCUUCUCGCUGCCCCUCGUCAUCGCCGGGCUUGUGCUGGUCGGACAGUGCUUCGAGAAUGCCUGGCACUACAUGGCAACGAGCGUCUGCUGGGGCAUGUACGUCUUUGGCAUGAUGGUGACGACCGUCGCGCUCAGCAGUUACUGCGUCGACAGCUAUCCCGAGGCGUCGGGCGAAGUGUCGGCGUGGCUGAACUUCUCGCGCACAAUAGGCGGGUUUAUUGUGAGCUACUUCCAAGUGACGUGGGCCGAGGCGCAGGGAACCAAGUUGAGUUUUGGUAUCCAGGCGGCGGUUUGUGCAGGCGCAUUUGUCUUCAUCCUCGUCUUGCUCAAGUGGGGGAAGGCGAUGCGUGUGCGGGCUGGUCCAUUGAACUUUAAGACAACAUGAGAUAGAAAUUGAACUUGGAAGUAUUCGUAUUAUGGAGGGACCUUUGUUUGGCAUGGCCGCAUGGGGGGACUUGUGAUCUGCGGUACCUCUCCGCACCUUGUGUGAAUGGCCGGGAGAGAGUCGUCAGGGGUUCAAGCCGGCUGCCUGCUUCGGAAUGAGUAUGCUUUUAUUGGCUGGAUGGGUCUUUCCCUUGGACCCUGAUGCAAGUUGA